CAUCAUCCAUCCUCUCUCGUCGCCGCCACCGCCGCCCGACGGUUUUUUAUUCCAUUCGAACCUGUCAUUUGCUUUUUUGCAUUAUUACAAUUUCCAUCCUACUUUAACCCAUCCAUACAUGUACAGUACUUUUGUCUAGUCUCGCCUUUAUCCGCGAAUCAAAGUGGGCCGCCGCCUUCUCAUCGACCAACCAACCAGGCAGGCAAGCAUUGCGCCCAGCCCUGGAGCUUCGCUGCUCGUGGCUCGGAAGUGGACGCUGAUCCCUGGAGAAGCUGUUCGGAUCAUAGCUGUGUAAGUACAUAUAUGUCCCAUCUGCCUGGGCCUCCGCCCUCGGUCCCCUGCCCGAACUUUUGGCAAGUCCAAGUCUCUACCCACCCACUCGUUGUUUCCUAUGUCGACUUCCUCUUGCCACCACCACACUGCAACCACCCCCGUCAUCUUCACUGCCACUACCACCCUCAAUGUUGCUCACACUCGCUAAACCACCCAAACCAGCUUUUGAUUUCAAGACUCAUGAUUACUCUCCAACAUUUUCUUCCUCUACGGCUGCACGAUUCUCUCCAAAGCUUACCAACGGCCAAUUGCCUUCCCACAGAAGGGACAGUCCCGCCUCCACCAUGGGCACUCCGCACCGGGGGCUUCCUCCCCCUUCGGCCAUGACUUUGCCAGACCCUAGCCGGGCUCCUCCCCCUCCACUAUCUUCUUCUCUGGGCGCUCUUCCGGCCGCUCCUUCCCAAUGGCAGGGCGCCGAAGACGGCAUGAAGAACUGGCUGGCUGCCAAAGCCGAGGAGGAGAAGCGCAAGCAAGAGGAGGAGAAGACGAGGCAGGAGAACUUGAAGCUGGAGCAGCGCAAGAUUGAGGUCAGAAUGCUCGAAACGUCCAUACAGGGCGGCAUACCUCCGCAUCUGGUUCCCAUCAUUUUUGCCGGCAUCGGUGGAGGGAACCUUGCGACCAUCAGCGCCGAGUGGAUCCAGUCCUAUCAAUCCACAUUGCAAGCAACACAGCAACAGCAGCAGCAGCAGCAGCAUCAACAACAGCAGCAGCAGCAACAGCAGGCCCAGGCCCACGCACAAGCACAGCUAUCACCCGAACACGGCAGAGAUUCAAGAUUGAUCGGCCAGCCACCGCCGGGAGCUUUUGCAACUCAGCAACCGCAAACGCCGCAGUCGGUUCUUCCCCCAACCGCGGUGCUCCCUGGGCAGCCUUUGCCUUCGCAGCCUCAGCAGGCCACUUUCUCGGCCUCGUACUCGAGUGGAACCAUGUCUCCGCGGUCGCGGGGAGCUGCUGGGCAGCCAGGACAUACUCCUACGGCGGCUUCCAGCGUGCAGAUGCAGAACACUCAGCCGGGACAGCAAGAACAGGCUUCUCCGUCCAUUUACUUCCACCACUGGGUGCCUCCGACGUCGCAGCAGGACAAAGCCUCGUCCAGCGCGAACCCACCAGCGACGCCUUCAGAUUACACCAGCUCCCCCAAAAAGCGGAAGGCCCAAGGCGGCCACCAGGCGCCACCACCUCCAACAUCAGCGCCUCAAUCCUACACUUCGCCGUCCUUCUCGCACGUAUCAACGUCUUCCGCUUCCACCCCAGGACGAAGGGGUCACGCGAGAACCCGCUCCGACAUAUCUUCGAGAGGAGACGGCCAUGUCUCUUCUGUGAGCAGGCGCACGACGGUUUCGAGCCAGACCCACCCGGACCUGGGACCUUCACAGCUCCGCGAUGCCCCCGAACAACAGCAGCAGCGCUUCCAGUCGCAGCCGCGAGGCCGCGAGGAGACUCAUGGUCAACAGAGUGAAUCGGCUUAUGCGCCAGCGGGACAGAGGAGCGAGGGACGUCCCCACGAGCAACACCAACCGCAGGCGGUAUUCCAUGCAGACCCUCGAUCAUUCGCAUCACAUCAGCAGCAACCGCAGCAGCCGCAGCCGCAGCAACAACAACAUCACGAUCGAGGAACUGCUCCGUUCCCCAAGUGGGAAGGCGGCGAUCAAUAG